AUGCUCCAGCGAACCCUGCUGUUCCUGCUGCCCGUCCACCCGCGCUCGCCGCGAUGGGGCAAGCCGCCGACUCUGGGUUGGAACCUGCUGGUUUUGCUGGGCAAGGUGGCGCUGCAGGCGGUGGUGGCGCUGCUGCUCACAUACGUCUCGCUGCACCCCUUCCUGGUGCACAGCCUCUGGGCUGUGUGCAUCUGGAACCUGGUGGCGAUGGGGGUGGAUAUCCUGGUGCCGUUUGUGCAGUACGUGAUGGGCAUGCCCCUCAACCCCUCCAUGAACCAGCCCUACCUGUCAGUCACGAUCCAGGAGUUUUGGUAUAACCUCGUGACCACCACCUGCCUCCGCCAGUCGAUCUACGAGCCGAUCAUCGACGGCUCGUUGAUGCGCCAUCCGCCGAAGGCCGACGGGGCCCCCAGCAAAGGCGGGCGGGCUGCUGAGGUCGUCAUUGCACGCCAGGCAUCUCUGGCCACCGCCUUCGCCCUCGCGACGCAGCACUCUGUCGUCGGUGCCGCCGCCGCCGCGGCGGCCGCGGCGGCCGCCAGCGCGGGCCUCGUGGCCGGCGACAGCGCGAGCGCGGCCGGCAGCAGCGGCAGCAGCAGCAGCACGGCGAGCGACACAGAGACUGACACGGACGGCUCCAGCGAGGGCGACCAGGCGGCGCGGCGCUCGGGCGACGCUGCCGGCGGCGGCGGCGGCGCGGGGCUGCGGCGCCGGAAGCCCGCGGCCCUGGCGCGCGGGGACGACGUGGCGGCGCUCGUGGGCUCGGACCAGGGGGAAGCUGUUGGCAGCGUCAAGGUCGGGAAGCUUCCGCAGCUGCAGGCGCCCUUGAAGCUCGCCCCGCCGCCGGCAUCUGGCGCGCCCGCGCCGGUUCCUGAGUGGCGGAAGAGCCUGGCUACGUUCAUGGUGUUCUUCAUGAGCGGAGUGAUGCACGAGGGGCUGAUCUGGUACAUGUGUCACGCCAACGGCUACCGGGACACGGGGAAGUACGUGUUUGGGCCUGUCAUGGCUUUCUUCGUGCUGCAGGUGAGGGGCCCGCGCGAGGGGCCCGCCUGCCGGCGUGUGUGA